AUCUGCUAUGGCAGCAUAUAGACAUUGUUCUAUCAAACACAAUAGUUGUUUUGGCUUAAAAUACAGCAAUUUCUUUUUAAGAGGAGUGCAAGAGCAGAAACUGCUUUUUCAGUCUUGUCUGUUUUUUUCCGCCACAUACUAUUUAUACAGUUUUGCGUCGCUUUUUCAGAGCUGUACAUUAGAAUUCAUACUUGAUGAAAUAAGUCUUGGCCCCCUCUCAACCUCCUCUCCUUGGCCCUAUAACUUAUUGAAGCAUACUUCCGUCCACUGGGUGGCGAAAUAACAACAACAAUACCGGUUGCGGGCGGGUAUAACAACGAAGAACAAAUGUUAUCUGGAACAUAAAUGCGUCGUUAAUUAAGUCUAUUUGACAUAAUAAUUCCAUUCGUUAUGAGCUGUUCCGACUGGUUGUCAGAUGUUAGUUGCUGGAAUGUGAGCAGAAACUAAAUAUGAGGAAUUACGUAACCUUAGGCUUGGAACGACCAUGAUCAGAAGAGCUAGCUUAGAGGGCUAGUAGGUUACCGAGGCAACGACAGUCAAUCAAGACGCGACGUCUGGAGCUUUUGGGUCAACAAAAGGUAUUUUAUUUAACUCUGUUAGAUACCGUCGAGCCAUUCUCUACUGUUUAAUCAAUAUUUAGCGAUUACCAAUUAAGGUGGGCUUUAUAUAUCACCUAUCAGUAAAAUGAAUCUUUUGGAAUAUUACUCGGGCGCGUUGUUUAAUACGUCAUUGCCGUUGUCUAAUGAAUGUGCAGAAUUAGAACGUAGAUUCCACUUUCAUUAAAUGGCUUGAUAAAUCGAUGGAAUUUGGAAUAUGGAAUUUUAUUCCACAUAAUGUAUUUAGAAUUGUGGGUGGUUUAGAGUUUCUUUUGAAAUGCAACUUUGCUGUGGCAAAAUUACCUGCAAAAUUGUCAAAAUUAUAUCAGCAAGCUUUAUUAGCUCGGAAAUUGUGUCAUGGGCUUAACUUUUCGCCGCAUAAAGAAAUAAUUUGGAGCAAUACAAAUACUACUAUUCGGUGCAAACGCUUUCCACUGAAGGUUGGAUUUAAAUUGGUAUCAUCUAUAUCUCAGAUAUGUUUGAAAGUAAGAGUAAUAUUUGUACAUAUGAAAACUUUAUGAAGGAGAAAUCUUCCUGCAAAAUUUAAGGAAUUCAAUUCUGUUGUGAAGGCUAUUCCUCAAGGUAUACUUGAGUUAAUGAAAUGCCAUCUUACAUAUAAAAAAUAAAGUUCAAAUGCCGUCUCUCACAAUUGGAGGAAUUGUUAUUCUAGAUAAAAAAAAAAAAGUUCAACCAAGCAUAUUAGAAAUUUAUCCCCGAGGAAAAUAAUUUUGGAAUUUUCUUUUCGAUGAGGUUAAUUGCCGUAGAGCUUGGUUGUGCCCCUUUCAAUUUUGCAUUUCAAAUAAAAUUAAAGAAUUCCAAUUCAAACUACUUCACAAUAUCUAUCCCUGCAAUAGCAUGAUUGCCAAGUUCAUGGCCACUGACGAUAAAUGCACUUUCAGUAAAUCUGAAACAAAGACAAUUGUACAUCUUUUUUACUUCUGUACUGUGAAAACUGCAUUUUGGAGAGAUCUAGUGCAUUUUUUUGGGUGAAAAAAACUGAACAAUUGUAUACAUGUCAUUGAACAAAGUGUGAUAAUUGUAGGCUUUGUAGUUCCAAUCUGAUCUUGCUGCUUGGUGAAUUUUACUUGCACAUGGUGAAAGUUCCAAGGUUCAAGCCAUAUUUUCGGCUAUUUCUUUUGGAAUUUAAUUCUUAUAUAGAUACACCUAAGCAUACGAAGAACGAGUAUUUGUACACUACAAUAUCUCAGGGAUUUGUCUUUGAUUGACUCUUUUUGUUGUGUAUAUGUACUUUCUUUUUGUUCUUUUUUUGAUUUUAUAAAUAUGACAAUUGAAGUGCCUUAUAUUUUGAAAGAAUUCUGCCAUGCGUAAUACAGUAUGUACACGUAGUACAGUAUGUACAAUGUGCCUCUUUUAUUUUUGUUUUUACAUGUAUGUUUUUGUGGUUGUUUGCAUUGCAAAGGUUUGUAUUUGUUGUGCUGGUGUAUGUGUGUGAUUGUUUGAAUUAGUUAAAAAAAAAAAGAAAGAAUUACAACAUAGCUUGGGACCUUCUUAAGUAUUGAUUAAAAAAAUGUUUUUGGAACAAUUAUUUCUCAUUCUAAAUAUAUUUCAGCUGUACUUUUGUCUCAUUCCGAAAAUAUUUUAGGGAUCAAAGCAAUGUGUGCUGGGAUUUAAUUGGUUUUUUUUAAUUGUCAUUUUUUGUUUAUUAAUAGUGAGCAUUGUCCACCACGUUUCAGAACAAAUUGCGAUAAAUUAGGUUGUGUUGUGCUCAAGACAAUGGCAUUCAAUUUCAAAACUUGACUGAGAUCAGAACACAUUGAAGCCAACAGUUUGAUAAGGCAUCUUUAAAAAAGUAAUUAGUUACAAUUACAAAUUCUCUCAAAAAUUAAUUUAGUAACUCAGUUACUUCAUUGUAAGAGUAACAUUACUUUUGAUGUUCCACACGUUAUUUCAUAUGCAUUCUAUAACAUCUUUCACAUCAAAGAUGUUUAUAUUAAAGGAAUAAAAACACUAUAUAAAGUAUUUUAGAACAUUUGGUAUUCAUUUGGAUCAAAUAUAUUGGUCUGUUAAGAAAACACAAAUGUAAACUAACCCUUAACCAUUGCAAAUCUCUGAAACUGCAUGUUACGCCUACUGCACAAUAAGCAGAACACUAUCAUUAAAUAUUCCGUAAAGUAGUAAUAUUAAAUGUUGCAACUAAUUCAAGUUUGAGAAUGCUACCUUUGAAAUUCCGUGGCCGGACACCAUUAUCACGGUCUUGUUAUGUUUAGAUUACUUACUACUGAAAAAAGUAACGCCGUUAUACUUAAACACUUUUGUUUACAAGACUGGAAGCCACUUUCUUGAAAGUGACCUGUCACCUUGAAAAUCUUCAACACUUAUUUAAUUUCCUUCUUGAAUGUAAGUUGGUCCACAAAAUAACGACCAGGUUACAUCAUGGAGCAGUACAGCAUUCUGGGUCGCAUUGGAGAAGGAGCUCAUGGAAUCGUGUUCAAGGCUAAACAUGUGGAGACGGGCGAAACAGUGGCGCUGAAGAAGGUUGCUCUCAGGCGUUUGGAGGACGCCAUUCCCAAUCAAGCCCUGCGGGAGAUCAAGGCCCUUCAGGAAAUUGAGGACAAUCAGCACGUGGUGAGGCUGAAAGAUGUCUUCCCACACGGCACCGGCUUUGUCCUGGUAUUUGACUUCAUGCUUUCCGACCUCUCAGAGGUCAUCCGAGACUCCCGGCAGCCUCUGACCCCAGCACAGGUCAAAGGGUACAUGCUAAUGCUGCUGAAGGGCGUAGCCUUCCUGCAUCAAAACAACAUUAUGCACAGGGACCUGAAGCCUGCCAACCUCCUCAUCAGCUCAUCAGGGCACCUUAAAAUCGCUGAUUUCGGUCUUGCUCGCCUGCUCAGUCAGCGGGAAGAGCGUCUCUAUAGCCAUCAGGUGGCCACCAGGUGGUAUCGUGCUCCUGAGUUGCUGUACGGAGCCAGAAAAUAUGACGAAGGGGUCGACCUUUGGGCAGUAGGUUGUAUUUUUGGGGAGCUGCUGAACUCAUCUCCUCUGUUUCCUGGCGAGAAUGACAUCGAGCAGCUGUGUUGUGUCCUCAGGGUGCUCGGCACGCCCACGUGUGACACCUGGCCUGAGAUGGCAGAGUUGCCGGAUUAUAAUAAAAUCACCUUUAAGGAGAAUCCUGCCAUUCCAUUGGAGGUGGUUGUCCCAGACUCCUCCCCCCACGGUAUCAGCCUGCUCUACAAAUUCCUGGUUUACUCUUCCAAGCGACGAUGCCCCGCCCAGAAGGCUCUCCUCCAUCCGUACUUCUUCUACCCGCCGCUUCCUGCCCACCACUCGGAACUGCCCAUCCCUCAGAGGGGUGGCGGGCACCACUUCCACCCGCGACUGCAGGCGGCGCCUGGCGACUUCUCGGUGGAUCUCCCCCUGAAGAACAGUGUGGUUCAGCCUUCACUGCUGCGUCGACACGCCUCCUGCCUGUGAUUGGUGGAUGACCUUUGUUAAGAAAUUAUUUGGAAUCCACAAUGACACACUGAUGUCAUGAGCAAUCAUGAUGAAGAAUGAGUCAGGUGGAGGAGGAAGAGAUGACCCUUAUGGUUACCGACCGCGAGUUUUCCGUGCGUCCGAUGACGUAGAAGCACGGCUCGCCCUGCUUGGAGUUUGUCAUGCACAGAGACAGGCUGGACAGCUCCACUAAGUAGGAGGAAGAAGAGAAAGAAAGGCAGGGAAAAUAAGGUAGUAUAAGUUGAAGGAGCGUCCUGAUUGGUUGGGAAAAGUGAACUUCCCUGGGCUACAUGCUUGCCAAUUGUCCAAUAAUUGAAAGAAUAGACUUCUUUGACAAAGAAAAAUAGUUGGGUUCAACUUUUGCUGUUUUUAAUUCACCCGCAGUAGAACAUUGGAUGGAUUUUAUCAAAAUCUGCCAUUUCUCCCAGGAACCAAGUUAACUUAUAAAUUUAAUUUAAAAUAUUACAGCUUUGCUCUUAUAAAGGUUGGUUAGAAAUGAAAAAAGAAAUAAGAAAAGAAAAAAAACAACAAUGCAAAGCCUCCCUUAAGAAUGGAGGUGGUAGUUCAAAGUAGAAAGGAAGGAGAAGCAUGUGAAAGAAAUGUGACCACAUGCUGAAGUGGCCAUCAUUACCGUAAUCGGGGACGUAGCCGUUUCCUUUCUUCAGGACGAGAUGAAUCCGAUGGCCUCCUCUUCGGAUCUGUUCCACGGCCUGACUGUGCGUCAUUCCUGCUGUGCUGUCCCCGUUUAUCUCCACAAGCUGGUCCGAAACCUGAGGGCGAGCAAAAAGAAGCUGCUGUGUGGGUGGCGGCUUAAAUCAUUCACUGCAGAUGUCUAAUCCAUUUUGACUGAGAGGAAUGGGAGCCCAUUAGGGAAAGAAAAUAGUGGAGAAAGUUAGGUUACAGAUUUGGUUAGGAGUGGUUAUUUGUGUAUUAGCUCAGUGGUACGGAUAUCGCCAGUGUCACACAAAAGAUUAAAUUAAUUAUUCAAUGCAUUUAUCAUGUACAGUUAUUUAAACUACAAAAGAUUCACAUGGAAUGGUUUAGUACGGUUUGGUUUUAAAUAUUUAUAAACAACCAAGUGCAAUCCUGAAGUAUGUUUUCCUGAAAUGAAAGUACAAUGUUAUGCCUAAUAAUAAAAAUGACGACAACAACAACAAAAAUCUCAUUUUUUCUGGUCAUUUUGGCCUACUAAACGAACAUAUUUUAGCUCAUUGCCUGCCAUUGAUGAUGACAGAUGUCCAAUUUAUUUGAACUGGGAGCACUAGCAGUGAAUGGUCAUGUUUCAAUGCCAUUGGUGGUGCUAGAGGUCCAAUCCAUUUUGAGUGGGAGGGUUACCAGCGAUAAUUGACUGCUCAGUCAAAAUGGAUUGGACUUUUAGUGCUGCUAAUGUUGGCCCUGAUGGAGCCAAGUAUUAUUUCAGGUGGUACUUGCUUUAAAAUGUUUGAGAACCAUUGGCCUAGAUCAAGGGUCGGGCACCAAUGGCUCGCGAGCCAGAUCUGGCUCUUUUGACGGCUACAUCUGGCUCGCAAAUCUUUAACUAUUAAGAAAAUAAUAAUUAUAAAAUUUUGUUAUACUCCUUUGAAACGGCGACAGUCACCGGUCAUACGCUGGUCUUGUCCAGUAAUGAGCAGACGUGAUUUUUGCGCUGUAUGUUAACUUUUUAAAUGCUCUGACAACACUUCCGUACUUCACACUAGAUAUCAUCAAACAGCAACCUAGAUGUGCUACGUUAGAUCCCCCCCCCCCAAGUCCCAUGCCAUUGGCUGCGUGAGCCCAGGGUAAUCAUGGGACACGUAGUCCAUAUACUACAACCACCGACUAGAACGCCGGUUCGCAGUAAUUUCAGUGGGAAAGUGGCAAACAUGCAUGUCAUUGUGUCUAUCUAUUUAUCUAUCAAUCGCAUAGGCAAUGCAGAUGAGGCACAGACACUGUUCAAGUGGGGUUGCCGUAUUUUGCUGAAAAUAGCGGCCUACGUGCGCGAGUGCGUGAGAUCAGGAAGUAAACUUUCGUUUUCAGUUUCGUUUACCACGUUGUCAUCUAAUUUUAGAAACGCUUUUGAGAAGAUGGCAAAAAAAAAAAAAAAAAGACGAGCAGUAUCGUACUUUUCAGCAGGACAUAAGGACAUAAAUGCGGCACCGUUUCUUCUCUCGCUUUGGAUGAGUCAACAGACGUAAGCUAUUUAUUGCAGUUCAGCGCGAUUGGAAGGUUUUGACUAUGAAAGGGACAACACGAGGGGAGGAUUUAUUCAAGUCCUUCACUGAGUUCGGUAAAGAAAAAAAUCCAACAAUGGAUAAACUUGUUUCGGUGUGCACUGAUGGUGCUCCGUGCAUAAGUUUCUCAACGCCUGCAUGAAGCUUAAGCCAAGUAUCAACCAGACUACAAAGCCAUCUGCAAAACCAUGCAGCACCAGAAGUCGCAUUAAUGGGAGGAAAUACUCAUCAUUGAUUAGCAACAGCAUGCAACUAUGUUAUAAAAAGAAUUCAGAGACUUAUGGUACUUGAAAUUACACAAAAUGCACACAUUACUUGUAUUUUUUUGUUUUAAACCUACUGUAUGGCUCUCACGGAAUUACAUUCAAAAAUAUGUGGUGUUCAUGGCUCUCUCAGCCAAAAAGGUUCCCAACCCCUGGCCUAGAUGUAAGGUUGACAGUUAUCGUGACAUGUUAAUGUAAGUUUUUGUGUGUGGACGUACCUGCAUCUUGUUGCUGCACUGUGCUGGUCCACCAUCCAUCAGUCCCAGCACAUAGAGUCCCAUAUUGUACUCACUGCCCCCUCUUAAAGAGAAACCGAAGCCUGUUGGGCCUCGCUCCAGAUCCACUCUGUAGAACCUGGACUCAUUCUGAUGCACACAAACAACAGUGCAACCACUUUGACUAAUACUGAGACCAUCGGUUUGUGAAUGAAUGGUUCGACUGCUACAAUAGCUUUUGUUUUAUUUAAUCUCAGAAGCAGCUUUUGGUGAACAAAAAGGAUUUUGAAAGGAAUUUGGCUCCCAAGUACCAAGUCUGGUGCAACUAAGUCCAUUUGUGUAUAAUCUAAAGGUCAGAUUUUUUUACAGACGAAAUCAUCAACUUUUCAACUGAAAAAAACUUUCUGCACAAAAGCUCAAUAUCUAUGGAACUGUCCUUCCCAUUAAUCAAUUUCUUGGUGCGUAGCUUUUUGUGAUUAAAGGAUCAAUUAUUCUGAUAGCGUGAUACCUUAGCUCUCCCUCUGCAUCCCUUCGUGAAGUGCUUGUCGAUUUCCACAUCGGCUCCUUCUGACGCUGUGUUGGACAACAAAAAUUUUGGAUUCUACUUUGUCAUCAAAUGUGGAAUUUAGAUGUUACAGAAUUUUGGUGCACAUCUCACGUGCUCGCGGUGUCACACUCAGCUUCAGCGUGUUCCCCGCUCUCCUCAGGAUCUGGGCAAGGUCUCGGUGGUGCAGGGAGGCAACACGCCGUCCCUCCACGGCGUCCAGCUGGUCUCCGGGCUGGAUAAGGCCACUGCGGGCCGCUGGGCUGCCGCGCCGCACCGUCACAAAGCGAUGGGACAUCAUGGACUGGGACGGAGCUGGGGAUGUGGGGAGGAAAUGCACCGUUUUUAAAAACAAUUAUCUCAUUGGCUGCCAUUGACAGCGAUGGACGUCCAAUCCAUUUUGACUGGGAGGGUUGGCAGCGAUCAGUCACUGCAAGUUCAAGCACAGUUUAAAAAAAAAAAAAAGUCAUUAUCAUGUAGCCUAUAAACGAAACACAUGAAAAAAAAAUAUUUAAAAUAAAUAUAAACAAGCCCUGCAAUUGGCUGGCAACCAGUUCAGGGUGUCCCCUGCCUACUGCCCCGAGUUGGCUGGGAUAGGCUCCAGCACCUCCGCGACCCUCGUGAGGACAAGCGGCAUGGAAAAUGAAUGAAUGAAAAUAUAAACAAAUAUACAUAAAGCAUGAGAGGAAUACAUAAAAAUAAUAUGAGAUAUAAUAAGAUUUAAAUAAAAACAAAAAUAAUACAGCUAAAAAUCAGCUAAAAUUAAAAAUCCCUCAAAUUGGAUACUUCAUCCAGUAAAAGGUCAAAAGUUCAUGUCGCAGUCUCCCCUGGAGGUGUGGGUUCGAAUCCCACUUCUGACAGUGUAAUUUAAUCGGAAACUGUCAAUAGCUACCUUUACAAGGCGCCACAGUGAGGCAUUUGCAUGCUUCCUUCACAUCCCAAAAACAUGCUUAGUGGGCUCUCCAAAUUGUCCAUAGCUAUAAGUGUGUGCGUUAACGUUACUUUGUCUCUUUGUGCCCUGUGAUUGGCUGGUAAACGAUUUAGGGUGUUAUCCGCCUACUGCCUAUAAUUACAUCCAACAUCCCUGCCGCCCAAGUGCGGAUAAGCAGCUUGGAAAAUGAAUGAAUGAAAUGACAACUGUCAUCUUAUUUAUAUCUACAAAAUUUUAAUUUUUACUGUUAAUUCUCUAUACUAGCCUCAAUUUUUAAAAAGUUUUUGAAUUUUAAUUUUCUUUGUUUUUUAAUUAUUAUUUAUUUUCACAUGUAUACAGUGGGGAGAACAAGUAUUUGAUACACUGCCAAUGGGAAAACCCAUUGGCGGUGUAUCAAAUACUUGAUCUUCCCACUGUAUGUAUUCCCCAAAUGCUUUUUUAUGUAUAUUUGUUAACUCAUUCACUGCCAGCCCAUGUUAAUAUAUAGUAUUCAUGUCUCAUGUCUCAUUCAUGACUCGUGGUAGUUAGUAAAAGAAGAAUUUCAGGCAUAUUAACAACUUCACUAAUUCAUUUUCGGCAUGGCAGAUAUGAGUUCAAUGUAAAUUAGGGCAUCAAGGGGUUAUUAAUAUUUUUUUCCCCUCCAAAUAUAUUGAAAGCCUGACCAACAGGGUUUAUGUGUGAUGUGAAAAGAAGAUAAAUACCUUAUGAAAAUAUAAAAGAUAAAAACGAUAUAUCAAUUUUUUUCUCACUUGAUUUAAAUAUAAUCACGUUAUUCAGGACCAAGUCAUAUCAAAACGUGUUAAGCUCUUAGCAGCCUAAUGUAUAAUUGAAAAAGCAGCAAUUAGGAACACUGAAUUAUUCACACAAGCUUCAAAUGUGUCACGGAGGCAGGAGAACCAUUUUGAAUGUCCUUAUAUCGUCUGCUUGUUCUCAUCAUCACGUCGAAUGUAAAUUGGAGGGAAUAUGCAAUGUGUUUUAAUGAAACAUUGGUCUUUGUUUUUCAAGUGUUUGUGGGCACAGAGAGGCGAUAAGCAAAGCAUUUGACGUCAUGGCGUUGAGCAAACACGAAAGCCGGAGACCUGACGCGAUCUGGACUGACAGCACCACUCCACACGGAACAACUCACUAAAGCUAAAAAUAGGGCAAAAACAUCUCAAAUUCUGCACCAAUUGUCCAAAGCCAAAACAGCAAGUGUGUGGUGCAAAGUUAGGAUGAAACAGUUUCUCUUUACGUUCAAAUGAUUAUGCUAGCUAGAGGCUGCCAGCAGUUUUCAGCUGAGGAUGUUUGGUCCUGAUAAAAGAUGCAAAAAGUCAAUAAAUAAAAGAUUAACUCUUCGUCUUUAUCAGCAUUCUGGAAUGUUUGAACCUCUUGGUGCUUGUGACCCACUUGAAUAGUUGGCACGCAGACACACAGAAGCACACUGACACCGUGGUGCGUUAUGUUGCACAAUUCUAGAAUUUAAUGAUAAAACCUUAACAAAGUAAGAAAAUUGAGCGAGUCUUUAAAAAGUAAAUCAUGUUAUGAUGAUGUGACUGUUGUACAGUGCGUGUGUGUUUUGCAUGUCGAUGACUCACUGCCAGUUAAAGUUAAAGCAGUGGUGGGCAAACAUUUCAGCUCAAGGGCCAAAUUGAUUUUUAUAACAGACAGAUGAGCCCGGUCAAGUGCAAAAAAGUAUGUAAAAGUCUUUUCUUACUGUCCGUGCCAAUGUCGAGAAAACUUGAGGUCCAAUGACGACAUUCGCUGCAAGACCACCCAGUUCAAAUGGAUUGGCCAUCUAUGUCGUCAAUGGUGGCCAGUGAGUUAAUAGAAAAAUCAUCCUGUUUGCUUCAUAUUGUAUUAUUGAUAAUCAAUUAUAUCAUAAUCCAGUUGUUGUUGUUGUUGUUGUUUUUAACAAAUACAUUUCUCAAAUGGAUAUAUAACAUUGGCUAUUGGUACUACGAAUACAGUCUUAUCGAUUUUACUGUUUGCAAUGAAUACAGUAAUUAAAUGAGUACUAAAUCAACAGAUUUUAGGGGAAUAAAUCCUAAAUGAAUGCAACAAAUAUUACAGGACUCAUGAUAUUGUACAUACAGUGAAACAUGUUUAUCACGGGAAUACUUUGUCUCAGACUCAUCCACAAAAAGGGAAAAUUCACAUUUUGCAAUAGACGAUGACAGAUGUCCAAUCUAUUUGAACUGGGAGCACUAGCAAUUUUACUAUUUCCUUUUAAGCUGUAUCUCAAACAUAAAAAUGUAUUAAAACAAUUUACUCAUAAUGCAAACAGGAAAAAUAUUGAAAUCACAAAAUUAUAGAAAUGCUUAGAAUACACUGAUGAAUGUGGUCAAAUUGUGUUUGUAUAAAAAAAUGCAACAAACAUUCAACAUGUUGGGGAAUUACUGUAAGUAAAUAUAUUGUAAAAAGCCAUAAAACAUUUGCUGUAUACUGCAGAUUUCUGCAAAAAAAAAAAACAAGCAGAUACGUGCCAUAAAAAGUCUGCGAUGUAGCCAUGUGCAAUAGCUGUACAAUGCUAUAGUGAGAGAAUUCUGUACUCAGUAACCUGUAUGUUGCAAGUGGUUUUGCCUUCCCCAGGUAAAGGGAUAUUCCUAUGAAUUGAGGUCAGCCAUUAAUUGAAAAGUAAUACUCUGCCCUAAAACAUCAUUGCAUCACUCGCCAGAGUUCUUCAUCACACAAUUAGAAAGUCCUCAUCAGGACACAUCAAUAGAGUUAGGUUGAAUCCAAAGAAGAAAUGCAAAUGCCACACAGCAAAGCCCAAGUUCAAAUCAUAAACCUCAGAAGUGAGAGGCAGAAACCUUGAUACCUUCUGAUGCUGUUUUAAGCAUGUUCUGUUGAACUCAUAAGCAGCAUGAAGAAAAAUACUGAUGCACGCCAUUACAGUCACUUACAUUUUGAGUCCUUGACCAUCUUAAGAACAGACUGCAGUCGCUCCAACAUCUUGAACCAGAACCUUUUUAGGUGUGUGUGCGUGCGUGUUGAGUCCCGGACAGCAGGCAAGCAUUUCAGCUGAGGG